AUGUCUAUUGUUCAGCACACGCAUACCCAGCAGGCGUCGUAUACAAUGUUCUUCAAGCAGCCGCCGUACCCAACCCCUAAAUCGUCUCAGGCGCCAACUCCAGUGAAGCGAAAGUCAUUUUUUGGUGGAAUAAAAACGACACAAACGUCCCAUACUGUCACAUUCUCCACGCCACCGUCACGCCACGCAUAUUCGACACAUCAGCCGUCGCGUCAGCACCAGCAACGUUAUUAUCAGCCUCCCCGAUCUUUUGACAUCACUAGUCCCUCUGGAAAGAAACAACGUAUGAUUUUCGUCGAGCGGGUAUCCCAUGUCACCGCUCAGGUCGAAUAUGGCCUUGUCCCCGCUGACGCCAAAUUACGACGGUAUGACGAACAGGGAAAUCUGGUUGGAAAUGAGGGAAUGGAGCUCCUCAGCCCAAAAGUGUGCGAGGAUACAGUUCGCGGUACCUUUUUCUUCGCGGAGCGGCGGGGUGCUCUGCCCUCACCCAAGAAUCGUGCGUUGAAGAAAGAGGAGAGCCAGGAAAGUGGUAAAGGUGCCCCAUCUAUCAAUGGUCAAGACGUAGAAACGAUCCAGGCGGAACAGGAGCUUGAGCCGCAGGAGAUUCCGACAAUCCUGGAGCAACUCGUCGAGCUUCGGGUCCUUCGCAUUAUCCCCUCAAUUCGUUGUCGCAGCCGAGAGCACGCAGGUGCCUGCCUCGUCCGUAUUCUGCUUCCCGACAGCGAGGUACUGGUCUCACCAAUGGUUCUUGACGGUGUCGCUAACCUGCGUAGAUCGGACAUUCUUGUUCAAGCCCUCGCCACCCGUCGGCGAGAUACCGUCUUAGCACACCAGAAGCUCACCAAAAUCAAACAGGUAUGCACCGCAUGUCGCGCAAUUCCGGGACGUCGCGGCGUGUUCUACUGCAGUGAAGCAUGUCUUGCAGCCGCAUGGCCUCAGCAUCGCAUCGAGUGUGGCAAAUCCAAAGACCAGCUCCAGCAGAUUGUGUCCAUACUCCCAACUAUUAUCCAACCCCGGCCUACUGCUCUGGCUCAUAUCCGCGUACAGACCCACAAACCAGCGUGGUAUCGUGCUUGGCUAUGGUUUGGACACGUGGCUGAAACAAACCCCGAGAAUAAACUCGACUUUCAGACUUGGAAGGCCAAUGUCCGAGAGAGACGAGGAGCUAGUUGUCAGGAUCUUCUUCCUGGAUUCUGA